AUGUUGAUUGCUCUUCUUCAGCAGAACUCUGUUAGAAGAGGUAAGCCACAUGGGGAGAGUAGUGCCAGUAGUUGACCUCCUGUUGUAGAUAAACAUUCUCUCAUGAGGUGUCGCAUUAGUGGCGGUGCACAAAAGUGUUCUAAUUGAGUGUAAAGCGUCAAGUAAGACGGAUUCUCAGUGUGUGACGGGCAAAUUUUGAGAUUUUAGGGCAAGCAAGAUAGUCCUCCAUAAAGUUUGGUUCACACGUGCGACCUGCCUAUUUCCUUGGGGAUUGUAUGGAGUUGUUCUACUCGUCGCCACUCCCUUACUGCGAUGGAAUUGCUGAGCAUCAUUUGACAUAAAUGACGAUCCCCGGUCGAUGUGUAUGUACGAAGGACUGUACCAAACUAUACCUCUCCACGCUUGACGAUCCGCGGCAGCAGAUCUGGACAGUUCAACCGAUUCUCUUCGCCAACGACGUAGACCGAAUACUGAAGGUCCAUGAACCACCUCCAUGUCUUGACAAACUGUGUCGGGCCAGGUUUUAAACUGACCCCCUCUUCGACGCCUCCAAUGGGGCAACGGUGCCGGAUCGAGGGCAGUAACACUUAGCUCCUGGGGUGGGCGACGAAAAACAUGCCCAAACCACCUUAAUCACCUUUCCUGGAUGGCCUGGAUUAUCUCUGCAAUGUUGCCGCAGCGAGCGUGGGCUGUCUCAUUUGAGACGAAGUCGCGGUGUACUUCACUCGAAAGAUGGCCUACAAGCGAUGGUAGUCAAAUACCUCCAGUUUUCGCUCCUCUUCCACGCGCACAGUCCAGCAUGCACAACCGUGCAGAAGGACAGACCGGACAGAUGCACGGUGCACGCAAAUCUUAUUGGCGAUGGAGAUGUCGCGGAGGCAUUUUCUAAGGCUUGAAAAAGCCCGUCGGACGGCAUCAAUUCAGGAGGCAAUGUCAUCCUUACUCUGACCACUCGGCAGCAGCCUCGCCCCGAGGUAUGCAAAACUGUCUCCUUUUUUUCAAGCCGACAGCCAUCAAUCCCGACAGGUGCUUUCUCCUGCUCAAGGAUGCAGCUUGAAAACACUUUAGUCUUCCCAGCGUUUAUGGAUAAACCGACCGAUUUAGCGACCAGAAGGUAAAGGUGGAUUUUGACGGUGGAGGAGCUUUCAGUGCAUAUUAACUGCAAACUACAAAUAACUGCAGACUCGGUUCUGAAGAGUAGUCAGUCGCGGACCAGCACCAUCAGUAUCACCAAAUGCCGACAAUUACGUGUGAAUUAAUUUAUAGUGGGACAAACUUUUAUAGCAUCUACUUCACCCCUCCUUCUCUCUCCCACCUUGCACCGAUGACAAGACUAUUGAGACGACCGGAGGCAAAAAAAUGGACACAAUCACCGACAGAGCGAAACAGCCCGUUUACGCGUACCGCACAUGACCUGGUCACCACUCCAGGUGCGUCUGGUCACGAUAACGCGCCUCAGAUCUCACGUUGGUGUCAUCAGAGUCGCAUUGAGGGGAGGGACAUUGCAACCUGACUCUCAAUGCUGGAGAUUACCAAGUUAAUCCGUCAAUUUACCUCCUUCCAAGCCACAACUCGUUGCACGCCACGAUAGUUUUAAGCGCGUCAGUCGGGUGGAUGGAUUCCUUAAUGUCGACUUCUCUCCCUCUCACGCUCUCCCUUCUCGUGCGUUAGUCGACUGCCAACCAGUAGGUGGUUGAAUUCGGCACAGUGCUUGACGCGGCUUGGUCUGCCUCCAAGGGCCUUUGACGUCCGGUAGUAGUUGUAGACUCGGUGCGGUCCGGUAAAGACGCACCGUGAACUAUGCUGACCCCCGUUUUGAUCUAGCCCAUCAACAGCCCGGUCUGUCGUGAGCGUUUGAAGUCUUCGAAGCAUUUCCUGUGGAAUUCAUGGCUUCUCUGAGUAGUUAUCAGAAUGCCGAGACGCCGAAGUCAAGAAAAACACGCUGUAUGUGUCUGUAACUACUUUUUUUGUUGCCUUUUUAGUGUACGGCUGCGGUCUCUGUAUCCUUUCGAAAUCCUUCUCGGCCCAGCGUCUGAGUGCGCUUCUUGCACGUGCAUCCACCAUCGUCUCGCGGAAGCUUUAUCUUAAACUUCCCCCACCGCUCUACACUGAUCCUUGCCUCCAAACCUGGAAGGAACUCAUAUCCAUAUGCUAUGCAACGGCGAGUACCGUAAGCCCCGUCUGCUCUGAUGACAUUUUAGACCUUAGUCCUGCCCCACUACCAGCAUCUGCCUCCUGCUUCCACGUGUCGCGCCAGCUGAAGUAACCGCCGCCAGAAAGUUUGAAGUCAUAAUCACUGACGCUGACGCAGUUGACAACGCGCCUACUCUCGAUGUUGCGAGUAAACUGGGAAAUGUUGUCGGGGCGGAAGUUCGGUCCUGGCCAGGUACAGUUAGUGACCUAACUCAUGACAUGUGUCGAAAUUUACGAAUGCUUGCCAAUCACUCCCAAACCGACACUAUUUCAUGAGUCCAAUGUUUAUGUUAAUUAAGUACAAUUUUAAAAGAAUUAAAAACAUAAAAGAAAUAUCAAAGGCAGUGUGGCGUUGUUGAGAAAUGCCGAUUUAUUUUGAAAAGCACAAUGUCCCGAAAACGUCAGAAAUGGUUAUAAUUUAGUAAACGUAGUAAAUAUGAAAGUACUAAUAAAAUAACGUCUAAUAAUAGUGUUUGAGUGAAGUUUACAUCUAAAUAUCGUUUAAUAAUAAGUGUGAUUUCAUAUACGACGGUUUGUUAACUGCCUACAUUCUGAGUGUAGAUUCCAAAACAGAUUUGAAGGGUUUCGUGUUAUUUUUGACUCGUUUGAAGUGAUUGAGGUGGGGUUCAACAAGAGAAGCUCAAAUUUGCUUGAUUUCACCGAUGGGGGUGUCGUAGGAACAAACGUUUUCAUAUGGUGACAUGUUGUGAGGCCGGUCGGUGCCUAAUAAGUUUAAAUAGAACUGACAGGCUUGAUCGCAAACAUACCAUUUUGGAACAAACUUUUCUUCCGUUAAAUUAAUUUGCACUUUUCCUUCGUUUUGGAUUACGUUGAGUUUCGGAUCGUCCUCGAAAUGUUGCUAAAUACUUCAUGAUUUUCAGUGUUUUCACCCGAUUGUCCUUAAAGACAGAUAUUGAAUUACCCGUCUGUUUAGAACUUUAAAAUAAGAUUAUUCUUGUAGGCAUUUACCGAACUACCGAGUGUUCGGGCGCUUUUUUCACGAAGAUGGUCGUUUGGAUCACAUGUGAAGACUCAUUCAAACAUCAAACUUUAUUUUCGAGAUGCGUAAUCGGAGUCUAGGACAUGUAUUAGCAUAGGAAAUGGCACGAAUAUAUUCCAACGUCCAUUUUCGCUAAAAAUUUGCUGAUAUUUUACUUGAUAUGAUGACGUAAACACAAUUUCUGCACAAGCAAAGGACAUUUCAUUGAAGGAUGUGGAUGAGCGAACAAAAUGCUCAAUGUUAAAGGCGUCCAGAAAUUCUCUUAUCAGUUUCCGUUGUCAGAUUUCAUGAGAUAAGUCACGUACUGCAUGUAGGUUCUGGCCUAGUCACCUUUCGCUUCUCAAAACGCCAGUGCCUAGUCCGUGCACUUUCCCUCUUUCUCUAUCUACCUCUCUCUAGAUGUCUGCCCUGAUUGCGAAUCCCAGUAUAUUGGCAAAGUGGACAAGGCGACUGUGCAUCCUCAGCCCUCGGUAUGUCUUGGUGGGACGUUUGACCAGUUGCACAAUGGCCACCGCGUCCUCCUGAGCGUUGCGGCACUGCUGGCUCAACGACGACUCCUAGUGGGUGUGACGGAUCCCAGCAUGCUGCAGAAGAAGGUUCUCGCACCACUCAUCCAGACCUAUGAUGAGCGGUGUCGGGCCGUGGCCGAUUUUCUCCGGGACAUCAACUGUGCUCCCGAGGAGACAGUCAGUUUUGCUCGCCUCACGGAUCCGUUUGGGCCUCCGAUCAGUGAUCCGGACUUCACCUGCAUAGUUGCCAGUCCCGAAUCGGUGUCAGUGAGUUCUAUCCACGCAAGACUGGACUGACUUAUCUUCCUCCUUCCCUAGAAAUAAUCACCUAGACCACUUAUAAUACGUGGAGCUCUAAGCCACAACCCUUCUCCAUCGUUUGAUCACUUUAAAUUCUUGCAGUUAAUCAUCCUAUUUUGAUAUCUCAGUGAUACCUAACGCCUAAUCUCUCCUGGCCUCUUCGCACUUAGUCCCCUUUUAGUGGGAGUAGAAAAGUUGUUUAUUAGAUACAGUAUUCAGUCCCGUUACUGGAACGUUGGUCUGGCGUUUUGUUUAUUCAUGCCUAAACGCACAGGAAAGCCGGCCGCCACACUCAUUUCCCACUCACGCACCAACCAACUGUUCGAGUAUGUUCGCCGACUGGCAAUGACAUUUUGCGUGCGGCGUGAAAGGUUCCGUCUACGCAUGCCACACGCACUUCCGUCAGUGACUGAGGGCUCAUGCACCUUUGUCACAGCCUGGCUAACGUCUGCUAUGAACUGAUUUUAGUCCCUUUCCAGCUCAGCACUGCAAGUAGCAGUCUACCCCUAUACUAUCCUCUCAUUCUAUGCCUUCAUCUAAGGCUGCACGCAGUAUAGGUCAGUAUAUUUUAAGGGUAAUAGGCAAUGCCUUAGAAAACCCUACUGAAAACGGUACAUGCAAUAUCUAACUUUAAAUAAAUAUGGUACUAAAAUGUUGUCAGUAAUAUAUCACACGAGCUCCUGUUUCUGACAGACUUUGCUAUUGCACCUAUUGUGCCCCUCAAGCGACUCACGUAGUAGAUGCGCUGGGCCAACAGAGUAGCUAGACCAGAGUCCAGGAGGCGUUGUAGUGAAUGCGCACCGAUCACAAAUGUCAACGUUGGGGUGUGGUGGCAGGCCCAGUUGCCGGUUUACGGCACACCAACUGGGAUCCGUGCUGCCCCCUGUUUUCGUUGAUAUAAAAUCCCGGUCAGUGUGCGUUGUGGAUCAGGCGGUGUAGUGGUGUGCCGUGCCAGCCACAUGUGCCCCCUCUCUCCUCCGGUCUUCUUGACAUCGGAUACAGGCGGAGGAGGAGAGAGUGCGGUAGAUGCUGUGCAAGUCUACUAUCACUGUGGAAUAAUUCAUGCUCAAGUCACCACCCUUGCUCUCACCCUGCUAUGGAUCUCACGAUGUCCAUCGUCGACAUCGAUGACUGAACUAUUACGCUGGUGCUUGUUAGACAGAUCUCUACGUACCGCUGUCCAUAUGCACAUACGUUUUACUUGCUUUCUACGUAUCGUUUUGUGCCGAACGUCGCACGGCUAUCCGCCAGUCUCCGCAACCCAAAGCCCGAAUUCUAUCAGUCCAGUAGCGCCACGCUACGUCCUGUGUGGGCAACUCUUUCGUGCGGGUAAAUACUUCCGAGCUCAGCCGACUCGACGCGAGUCUGUUAGUGCAGUGCCGAGAGUGUUGUUUUGAUGAUCAAUCGACUCGAGGUUCGAAUGUCGACUAUGCGUCCCCGGGGUUCAGGUAUUACUGGCUGAUGAUGUCAGGCAAGUCAGAAACGGCUACUUCAGUCACGUUCUUGUCUUUGUUGGUAAGCACUUCUCAGUUACAAUUUUAGCCUACAUAUUUUCUUUGUACACUGCAGCCAAUUCUAUGUCGCAACUAGGGUACUCAACGGCUCACGCCUAUUUUCCUCACUAAACUGAGUUGAAUAAUGCAUUUUGGCGGUGAUCCUUCGGUCCCAUCACCCUGCGUCUACUUAAGUAGUGCGGCCGUUUUAAUUUACUUCUGGCUGGGCACGAAACUAUGGACUCUCCGUAUUGCAGGUCGCCUUGCCUUAAAAUUCAUUAGGGUUGGAAGUUAGUGUUAGGGUUAUGUUUAGGGUCGAAGUUAGUACACGGAAGUCGACACUCCCUAAAAUUUGGUGUAAGACCGCCCGUAGUCCGGGGGGAGGUGGUACUCCCGUGUCUGACUGUACUGUCUAAAUGAAGUACAGUCUACUAACAUCCUCAGUAGAAGUUUAAUCGAUCCACAUUCCCCAACGAUCCUCAGUCCGAUCCUGAAGCCCGAUUUAGCCUUCCGCUUAUAAGUCAUAUUGAAUUUAGAAACCACUGUUUUGCCUGAGAAUUGUUGGUCUGAUAACCCUCUAGAUCUUGACCCUCGCUAUCGGCGUAUGCAACUAGAAACAUGUGUUACCCCUUGUCAAACAGUCGUUUUGAGGUCGUAAUUACUUCAUAACAUUUGUUGAGGUUUUCUAUCGCAACUUUACCGAACCUUCCAUUUUCAACCCAAGUCAAACCACGCCGUUAUCGCCAACUCUUCCCCUAAGUUUAGACUACGAUUUAACCCCCCCCCCCCCCUCUUCUUAACUCUCGCAGGGCAGCCAGAAGAUCAACCAGCUGCGCUCAGAAAAGGGCUUUCCUCCCCUACACAUUGAAGAAAUACACUUCACCAAGGGUCCAAUGUGAGUUCUAGAUCAUAUGCUAUGUGUUCUCUUCUAAACACUCUUGAAAAAUCGUGCCGUCAUAGCUAGCUACAUUUUUGCCCUUUCCUCCCGAUCGCACAUUCGUAGUGCGCAUCUCUGACGAUUGUGUGUGACGGUUUGUUUACCAUUCAGUCGCCUGAAAACAACUGCCCCUCCGGCCCGCCGACCAAGUCACCCACGCUAUAAAAGACAAGUUAGGGUUUUCAAUCAGCUGAUCGAGGAGGUUACGUGUCCGAGCUUCGUACCUCGCUGGACUCUCAGGGCCAGUAAGAUCUUCGUAGCCCUGAUCGAAGCCUUUCGACCUACUUCCUCUAUGCAGUGAAUGACACGUCUCACGGAAUGUUGACCGCAAUUCUGAACUACGUUUUUGAUUAGGAUGGGUUACUUGGGUGGGUUGUGGCAUAAGUUGGAGGUAUUUCAGACGCGUCAGGCUUUUCGCUUUCGAAUGUCCUUCUUCUUCGUCCACCCUCAAAAACUGCACUCAGUAAAAGCGACUACUUAAGUAGUGGGCAUUUCCUUUGCCCAUCUUCGAUGCCCUUAUACAUUUAAAAAAAAUUUUUUCAUGAAACUGCACAAAAAUAUCUUUCUCGUACUCAUUUGGUAGCAAAUAACGUCUUCAAAUUUUCUAUCCAAAGAAGGAUAUUCUUCGGUUUUUAAAAGUUUUUAUGAUGUUUUUCAAGACCAUGUAAUGUCCAUUAGAAUAUCAUCGUAUCUCUCGGAGUAGUGCUACUCAUCAAGCAUACAAAAUAAUCUGCAUCCGUUACUACAUCUUAUUUGCCCCAAAUAUUAGCAUAAGGCAAUGCAUGUUUUUCCUUACGCGGAAAGUGUACAGCUUGAAGACUGAAAACCCUAAACGAAAGUCUAACAGCAGAUCGAGUCCGAAACCAUUUGGGAAUUGAAAACUUUAAAAACCAAAACAUACCCUUUCUUCAAGUAUGGACUCGGAAGAGAGUAUGAUUUGCUACCAAAUGAGUGCGGUAAAUAAUAUUUUUAUGGAGGUUUUCUAUGAAUUGUAUUUGAAUUCACGAGGGCAUCGAAAAUCGAUAUAGAAAAAGCGCACAACAUAAGUAAUUAGUAUUUGCCGGGUGCGGUUUCUGCCAGUGGCCAAAAAGAAGCUCAGUAAAAAAGCGAACACCCUGACGUGUCGAAAAUACCACGGGAUUACUUCGUAAGAUAAUCUUACAGCCCUACUCAGGUAAUCCUUCUUAAUCGAAAUCGCAUUUCAGAAUUCCGGUUGACAUUUCAUGAGAUCGGUCGCUGUCGGACUCUGCGAGGCUUCGGUUAACAGGAGUGUAGAAGUCGGUCUUUGCAUGUCUGUCUAACAAUUGUUCCAAAAGUCAUUGAGGCAUAAUGUGAAAUAUUGGCGGUUGCCGCACUGCUUAACACGAAAUAUUGACAAGACACCGGAAUAAGAACCCUCGUGACGCGGCCCCUUGGUCAAAAAAGAGUAAACAUGGGCGCUCACUAACUUAUUGCAAGUAGUAUAAUCAGAUGUAAUGUAGGUGACUGGUUAUGUGGGUAUGUGUGUGAACGGUGAUUAGGAGGCUUGAUGCGUAUUGAGUCUGCAUUUAAAUGAAUCCACACAGGAGGACGGACGGCAUGAGUGGGCGGGACGUUCCACUCUGCAAUCACUGUACUGAAAAAAAUCACGUCUAUUGAUCCUUGCUCUAUCUGAACGUUUAGGGGAAAAGAAGCAGAUUCGUAAGACAGGACCUACCACUUCGAAAGCCGUGUGAGACAUUGGAGAGGAGGUGAUGCUGCUCGAGGAACUGCCUCAACGCUUUCUUUAUGAUUUCCCUUAUGAUUUUGCAACAAAUAGAUGUAAGACUAAAUAUCCUUCGCAGGCGCUCUUUAUUAGCGGACUUCGCAUAAAAUCCGAGAAGAGUCACUUCCCGCAUGCGUGUAAUUUGUCCAUGGGUUUUCGACGUUUGAACAAAAUCUGUGCGAUUUCUGGUAUAAAUGCAUGAAAAUUUGCCUGUCACAUUCAUAUUUUGCCAAAGUACGUCUUUUCCUAAUCUUUUCAAAUAUGAUCUCGAUCGGAAUGAAUUACUAAGGUGGGAUUAUAAUAUCAUCAUGCAGCAUAAUCCAGAGGGAAAGUAUGUAUGAUAAUAUUUUCUUGCACUCGUUUUGCAGAACAUUUCAUCUUCAAAUUUACCGAAAGUUGCGCACCUAAAGAGGACGCAAUGUUCGGCAAAUUUGGAGUAGUUGAAAUGUCCAGCAAAACGAGUGUACAAAGAAACGAAAUUUUUUAAUUUAGAAAAAUUUGUUAACUGUGGGAUCUUUUGUGUUCUUUACAUAUCUAUUCAAUUAUCAUAGUAUAUGCCCGUACGCCGUAUGAUGUAUACAAUGUGUUACACAUCCAUUGCGAAAUUUUGUUAGAUCUGUAUGAAACCCUAACAACCCGGAAGAAUAUAUGAUUUUUUUGAAGUGGGCAGUAUUCAUCUUGUAGAUUGGAGACCCCAAACACAAGUGUAACGGCAGGUCAGAUUGAAAAUUAUUCAGAAAUCGAAAAAGUUUAAAACUAGUAGACAGCCCUCCUUCGAGUAGAGGAUUUGAAGACGGGAAUUACUAUAAGGGGAGUUUAAGGAAGAAUAUUUUUAUGCGUGCUCUCUAUUAAAUAUUUCUGACUUCGCGCGGACAUUUAAAUUCGAUUGGAACAUUCAUACCAUUUAACUAGUCGCUUUGGCGAUCGUGAUCGUGAACCUGGUCGGUAAAAUGCGUGUUUAGAGACCCGAAUCCUGCCGUGACAGGAGCGUCUUUGGACUAUGCCUUAUGCUCAGUUCAGUUCAGUUUGUUUGAGGGAAGUUUCGGUGUUACGCCCUUCAACCCCCAUUUGUCAGAAGCAGCUACGGGCGAAUUAUCGAAACUGCACAGAUAAACGAAUUAGCCCAGGUGUUAUAAACACUGGCACUACUUAGUACGUUGUACAGUAGCCGGUCUAUGGACAAUUGUACCGUAGGAGGUUUGCUGCGCUCUCAGUUGUCUGUGGGCGCCAAAUUGAAUGUCAGCAUCCCCGUGCAGGAGUUUGGGACAAUACUUAAUUUAAAAAACGAGCAUUACUGAAAUAUAGACAGUAAUAUUAUAAGAGUAAAUCAUUGUUGGUAUGCAGGGUUAAGACGAUUUUGGUCAGGUGGCAUCGUGAUGUGUAGUGACAUACUGCUUAUCAAUAUUACAACCCCACCUAGGCAAAUCGUCUUAACGGAAAUUACAUUUCAGUCAAUGAUUCAUGAGUUUUUGUGUGUUUUGGUUUAAGCAAGUGCAAUUAACCCAGUUGUAAAGAACUCGGCAAUCACUGCAGCAUCCGAACAUGCAACAUUAGGGACUUGACUUUGGUAUAACCAACAGCCUCUUUAGUGAAAUCCUGGAGUACGAUCACAUUUGAUUUAGGUCACCCGCUUAGGAAGACCUUCUCGGGCAGUCAGCCUACUGUCUUAGCCCAAAUUUAAAAUUGCAAGGCUCCCUCAGGGACUGCGUAGCUCAGGUAGUCAGAUCGCUGAUUGUACUAACUCCACGCCCAAACUGCUGAGGGUUCUAAUUCCUCCGAAAGUGCUGGGUCUUCUUUGAUUGAGUCAGUCAAAUUAUUCAUGUCUUGAUUACGAGAAAUGUCAAGAUUUUCUCACAAGCGUUCGCAGUGUGUCACGAGGCUCGGCGCUUACUGUCCACGAUUACUUACCAUUACCUACGUUUGUCGACUUUAUUUUCACUAACCUUCCCGUGUCCAUCUCGCUCAUAGUUGCGGCUCCGCUGAGGGGCUCCAUUGCCCAUCCGCCUGGCCUGAAGAAAAGAUAAGCUCAUCUACUUCACGGCUACAACUGCUCGGUCGCCUACUUCGUCCGCCGAGAUCUCAGGCCGCUUCUGGUCAGGAGCGCAGACGACGGCCCUAUGUAAUUGGCCUUGCAGGUCCUGCAGGGUCUGGCAAGUCCUCCAUAUGUCGUCAUCUGGCGGACUUUGGCGGUGAAAGGAUCUCCUUCUUACCCGCCGACCAAAUUGCUCACGCCAUCUACGAGUAAGUCACUUUGCUGUCUAGGAAUUUGAAACUGGAAACAGUCAGAAAAUGCCGAGCCGGCAAAUGGGUACUCCAUAAAAGGCUGUCCAACGAAUCACGUCCUGCCCGAGUUUUGGACAAGUGGUAGAGACUGUAAUGCGUGCUCCGGUUGGACUUGCUGAGAUCUGAUAGCUCCGGAGGAAUCAGUCUUCUGCUUAAGAUGACAGUUGUCCACCCUUAUUGAAAAAAUUUAUACGCAUCUGAAGUCGGCACCCACCUCGAAGACUUGAGAUAGUCCGUACAGUUUGAAAUUGCCUACUUAUUCAAAUUGACCGUCAUUAAUCCGGAUGAGUACCUCCUCUUGAUCAGGGAUGCAGUUCGAAAACACUUUUAUCCUCCCAGCUUUUAUGGAUAGACUGACUGAUUUAGCGUUCUUAUUCACCUGUGAUACCACAGAUUGUAGAUCACCAAAGCUUGAGGCCAGCAAGGCCAUAUCGUCAGCGUAGUUGAGAUCAGUCGACUGGCGUCCGGGUGCGAAUUAAACAUCGUCCAAACCGUGAAAGGUCCUUUCGAAAAUCCAGGUAAUGGCGAAUUUUAACAAAAUAGGCGACAGGAUAUCAUCUUGUCAAACGCCAAGUCAAAUAUUGUAAUUGUUGGGAGGGAUUGUUAGGAGCCAGAACUCGCGCAGUAGUGGAGCGAUAGUGGGCCACGAUCGUGGCGAUUAUUUUUGCCGGCAUGCUAUCAACUUCAGUUGUCCGUCGCAGAGACUCCCGACAGAUGGAAUCGAACGCCGCGGCGACAUAAACAGAGCAGACGGCCGUCAGUCAUGAGAUUACUUCAAGAAUGCACCGUCGUCUGGUCCACGCAUCCACGCCCAGCCCAAAGUCCGGACUGGUUGAGUCUCAUCCUCGCCUGAGAAUGACAACAGCGAAGACUUUCGCAACAGUGUCGAGUAGGGCUAUGCCUUGGUAAUUCUCGUACUUUGUCUUUUCUACCUUCUAGUAGACAGAUGCGAGGUUGUCCGAGCACCAGUCAUCGGGCUCCUCACGUUUGCACAGCCAGAACGCCAGAGUGUUGCCACCAGACACCCACCACGCCGUGGGGCGACUGUCAAACUGACGAGAUUUCUGUGGGAAUACCGUUUACCACAGACGCCUUCGUGUUGCAUCGGUGCUUUCUCCCUGACAUUGCAUGGCCGGGAAGAAGAGAGAGAAAGAGAUGAGACUUCUUCAGAGGAAAACGAGAAUGUGAUGGGUCGGCCACCGAAAUCGGAGGAGGAUCGUCAACCAAAACCCAGCACGCCGCUGUGUUCGAAUACUGUUAGGACGGCCCAGAACAAGACGCACCGUUCCUGUCGUCCGGAGGUCACGCCUGACAAAGAACCACAAACCGGCGGGACAGCCUCGCCUAGGAAGCCCGCAUGCGAGCCAGACAUUAGCACGCCGCUGAGUCAUGCGCGACCUCCAGGGGUCAGCAACACGCGAGGGCCUGCCCAUGCGGGCGCUCAGGAGUGGACCAAUAGGAACACGCAAACCAGACGAAGGCUGAACCCUUAAAUACGAAGCCACGGACGGAAGGAUUAAGAGUUGAUGUACACAGGGUGACUGACGCAGUAAAGCUGUUCUCUCCUAUCCUGUCUGUCUUCUAUUCCGCACAGAACUGGCGUCAUACUAAUUGGGGAUAUAACAAAUACUUUCCAGGCACUUCCUUAUUCCAACUCAUAUUAGAGUAGCCUCUCCAAUUAGUGUAUUAGUGCAUGCUUUAUAUGUGCUUAAAGAGUAUGCGCGUGGAAGAGCCCUAUGAGAGACACAUCCUCGAUGCCGUCCUACAGGAUCAAGUAGGUAACUCACUGCGGCGGUCUCGUCUAUAAUUUUGACUAUUGUUGUUGCCGCUUUAACGUUUGGAGAACUUCCCCAGGUUUCUGUGGGAAUACCGCCUGCUACAGACACUUUCGUAUUGCAUCGGUGCUUUCUCCCUGACACUGCAUGGCCAGGAAAAAGAGAGAAAGAGAUCAAAUUUCGCCAGAGGAAAACGAGAAUGUGAUGGGUCGGCCACCGAAAUCGGAAGAGGAUCGUCAACCAAAACCCAGCACGCCGCUGUGUUCGAAUACUGUUAGGACGGCCCAGAACAAGACGCACCGUUCCUGUCGUCCGGAGGUCACGCCUGACAAAGAACCACAAACCGGCGGGACAGCCUCGCCUAGGAAGCCCGCAUGCGAGCCAGACAUUAGCACGCCGCUGAGUCAUGCGCGACCUCCAGGGGUCAGCUACACGCGAGGUCCUGCCCAUGCGGGCGCUCAGGAGUGGACCAAUAGGAACACGCAAACCAGACGAAGGCUGAACCCUUAAAUACGAAGCCACGGACGGAAGGAUUAAGAGUUGGUGUACACAGAGUGACUGACAGUAAAGUUGUUCUCUGGUAUCCUGUCUGUCUUCUAUUCCGCACAGAACUGGCGUCAUACUAUUUGGGGAUAUAACAAAUACUUUCCAGGCACUUCCUUAUUCCAACUCAUAUUAGAGUAUCCUCUCCAAUUCGGAAGCAUUUUAGUCUGUGUAUUAGUGCAGGCUUUAUAUGUGCUUAAAGAGUAUGCGCGUGGAAGAGCCCUAUUAGAGACACAUCCUUGAUGCCGUCCUACAGGAUCAAGUUGGUAACUCACUGCGGCGGUCUCGUCUAUAAUUUUGACUAUUGUUGUUUCCGCUUUAACGUUUGGAGAACUUUCCCCAAACACACGAAACCCUGCUAACAGCCAGUGGUCGAUCUCAUGAAGUGUUAGCCGAAAUUGUGAAAUGGGCUUUCGAUUAGGAAAGAUUGCAUGGGUGGGGUUGUAAUAUUAAUUAUCAUGCGGCGUAAUCCCAUGAUAUUCCAGACCCGUAAGGAUGUUGACUUCAGAACUCCCGUGGAAACCGCACUUGGCAAAAAGUGACCAUUUGAGUAGUAUGCAUUUUUCACAUUGAUUUUCGAUUCCCUUUAAAUUUAAAAUAUAUUUCAUGGAUCACAUGCACAAAAUAUGCUUUCUUAUGUUCUUUUAGUGGCAGAUCACUUCGUCUUCGCAUUUUAUGCUCGAAGAAGGGUAUAUUUAGGCUUUGAAAACGUUUUCCAUUUCCCGAAUAAUUUUGAGCCAGAUCAGCAGUUGCAUUAGCGCUUAGCGAUUUCAGCCUACAAGGUGUAUGCUUUCCACGUAAGGGGCAUCAUGAAUUCCUCCUUGCUUUUAAGAAGAAACCAUGUAGAGCUCACAAAAUUUUGCAAUAAAUGCGCACUGUGUUGGAUACCUCAUGAGAACUAUCAAUAAAUGGGCAGGUACGAUGCUUUGUGAGUAGACAUUGCGCUGUCUUAAAAAUCUCAUGCUACGAAACUUUUUUUAAAUCAAAAGGUACUCUUCUAUCGAGUAUAGAAUUUUAAGAAAGUGUAAUUCACUUUUAACGGAGUGCAUGAAGGAACAUUUUCGUGCGUGUUUUCCGUAAAAUAUGUUUGAAUUUACAAGGGCAUGGAAAAUUAAUGUGAAGAUUUUCUGCUACUUAAGUAGUCCUUAUCGGCCGACUAGGGUUUUUACAGGUCGAGAAAAAGUGCAUUCAAAAGCCAACAUCCUUGCUAGUCCGAAAUAUCAUAGGAUUCUGCUGCAUGGUAAUCAGUAGUAUAACCCCUCAUAAGUAGCUUUUCCCAGUCGAAAACGCAUUUCAGAAUUUCAGCUAAUAUCUCAUAAGAUCGAUUACUGACUGUGUGGGCAAGUUGUCAAAAGUGCCUACACCCCAAUCUGCAAGUCAUUUUAGUCCUAACCGUUUGCCAUCUCUACAACAGGCCUGGCACUCGGACCUAUCACGCGCUGAUUGAGAAAUUCGCUCCCGACGUAAUCAUCUGCAGCGAGCCUCCUCAUCGCAUAGACCGGAAGAAGCUCGGCAGCAUAGUCUUCAGUUCGCCCGAAAAGUUGAAGACCCUGAAUGGCAUCGUGUGGCCGGAGAUUGCCCUGUCAAUGGAGGAGGAGAUCACUCGAAUCCAGUCGGCCACUCCGGCCUCCUCCUCCUCGCUACCCGUUGUCGUGAUCGAUGCGGCCCUCCUAUUCGAUGGGGGCUGGGACAAGCUGUGCGAUGAGGUAGGUUCACUUCCUCCUCCUCCUCCACCACUGUAGGCGUGCCUCCUCUGCGAGGAAAGACGCUUUCUUCGCCUUGCGUGUAUAUUUUUAUUACGACUACCAUAUUACUAGAAACAAGCCAGUAACUACUGUGGUUACAGUGGAAAUCUGGCCGCUCCAACAGACUUUCAUGCGCACCAUGAUGUUCCCUUUCCAUUCAUUUACCUUUAUUUGUGAUCAGAGCACAUGAGCAACUCAAAAGUUUGCAUCUACCUUUUACACUUUACGAAACUGAACUGAAUAUAUUAAGGCUCUGAGGCCCUUCAAUCGCCAUCGUAUCCGCCCCAGCUUAACGUACACCUUGUGGUCAAAGUAGAAAAGACAAUGUCAUAUUCUAGCCCUCAGAAUUCAAGAACUUUACCCUUUAAGGCCGAUUGUUAAGGAAUAGUCAGUACACAAGUGAAAAUUGCUUACAUAGAACGGCAGGCACUGAGUCUACUUUCUUCAUAAUAAGGAUGCUGGGUUUAUUGUUCGUGUUUUUGUUUGGCAGGAAGUCGUCUCUGCGUAUAGCAAUAGUGUAGGAUUGGUUCCCUGCGGAUCCUGGAUUCGCGGAAAGACUUCUCUAUCCCUCCUACCCCCCUGCCAGAUUAAUAUUUUGGGACGUGUGGUUGUAUGGGAUGGCGGGAGCAAAGUUCGUCUUCUCGUAAUGAAAGCCGCCUCGUAUCACCUAUGGCAGCUGUGUGUACCGCGGGGCUCGUCUCGUUCCUUACACUGAUCACGCCCGAUCUGACCUCAGAUUCUUUUCCUAGCUGAGGCAUUUUGUAAGGCAGUCGGCGUAUCAUACCUUAGACCCCUGCGCACUGGUAGCAUUGUCGCUACUGGUCUUUGGCCACGUUUUUCGCCAGACUUGAGAGCCUGAUAAUUUCUCAACCACCUCUCACUGAAUAACGUUCAAAUACUCGCCACCUGUGGACGCGCCGGAUAGCCAGCAGCAUAGCUAGCGGGCAACUCGCCUUCCUGACGUUCUCGUUUCUGACAAGGGCCCUGCAUACCUGCUUCAUGGUGGGAAACGCGACCACUGAUGCACCUAUCAACGAUCUAUGCGAUCGAUCUUUCACAGAUGUGGCCGUGUGAUUCCCCACCGAUCGUUCACUCACGCACCGCGUGUAUAAUUUUAUCACAAUUACCAUAUUACUAGAAACAUGCCAGUAACAACUACAGUCACGAUCGAAAUCCAGCUGCCCCACGAGACUUUCAUGCAUACCCUGAUGUUCCCGCCCUCCCUCCCACCUUCUCCAUUUUUUAAUCUUUAUUUGUCAUCAGAGCAGAUGAGAAGCUCAAAGGCGUGCACCUACCCUUCGUCCCUUAUAGAGCUCGACCGCGCAUGUUAAGGUUUUAAGGGCCUUCAGUCGGCCAUAGUAUCCGUAUGGUUAAACUAGGAAGGAAUUUGUCAUAUUCUAGCCCUCAACAGCCCAUAACCCUAUCCUUCGAGGCCGGUCGUUAAAGAAUCUUCAGCACGCAAAUGAAAACUGCUUACUUAGAACGAUGUUUGUACAGCACUACGCAAACAGCAAGAGCUCAUUGUUCUUGUUGUUUUACCAGAAGGCGUCUCUGCUCCGCGCUCGGCGAUAGUGUAAGGUUGAGUCCGAGGGCGAACGCCUCGACCCCCCCCUCCCGUUUAAGCUUCUGGGAUAAUCCCAGACGGUGGGCGUGAAGUCUUGUGAGAUUUCAAGGACGAAUUACACCGUCUCCUGAUGUAGUGGGGGUUUUUGUCCCUUCGGUGCCCAACUAAACCUGAGUAUAUCAACUCUACGCUGUCCCUCUAUACUGGUUGCUUAGACCCGAGAGUCCCCACCGAAAGCCGUGUCUCCCGCAACCAUAUUUUCUACCCGUUUUUCGCAUAUGUGGUCGCACGAUUCCUUACUUCUUUUGAGGUUGUUGAAGCCUUCUUAUCAGCCCACGUGUCUGCACCAACUCAAACUAGAUCAUAUGGUCAGAGUGAAAAAGUUCUUUCCAUGCUCUGUCUCUGAACAGUCCAGGGGCCUACUCCUGCAAUCUAGUUGUUAAAGAAUAGUUCUUCUUCAACUGUAACAAAUGUUGACAUAAAGGGUUAGUACUGGAUGUAUUUUCGACAUCCUAAUGACACUGUGGCAGCGUUAGGGCCCGCAGAUAGCUUUUCUCCAACUCACGACAGCGUCUGAGUUUGCUGAUAGAAGCGAACAGGCUAGUUCCAGGAAGCAGUUCAGAAGAUGAAGAUGCGAUCACUGGAAGAAGACACUUAUGGGCCUGACGUUUCCGAUUCUCACUCGAACCCAUCAUCAGAGACAGUCGCAGAUGAGGGUAAUGGCGGCACAAGGAAUGCAGUAUUUAUGGCACGUGGCUGCCGUGGGAUCAUAUGCCUACUGUAAUUAACAGCUCUCACAAUCACCGCUGAGGUCGUUAUGGAUGCGAUGGUGGCUUGUCAGUCCGCGUCCAAGUCAUUAAGGGCCGCGAUUUCGUCAUCGGUGUUGGAUGCUGGUGUGGCGAUUGCUCGGCAAAUUGGUUCACUGUCACUGGGAUUAUUGCUCGCCCGUGCCCUCCCCACGUGACUGAUUCCCCUGCCCAGGGAAAAUAUCAGCACGGAAUACGGUAACGGGAGGUCAUUGCUGUGACCCCCGAGCAAUGACCACCCGUUACCGUAUUCCGUGCUGAGAUUUUCCCUGGGCAGGGGAAUCAGUUUUGGGAAAAUGUCCCAAAGGCCUUAUGCUACUUUUCAAAAAACAGCGUACAGUCCGGGUAUAUUUUGCGUUCCUCUCUUCACCGGGUGUUGGCAGAUUGCGAAAAACCCUUCGGAACAGCAGUUCACUCGCGGCUCUUAUCCACCCCACCGUUGAACUCUCCGUGUCUCCCGCAACCAUAUUUUCUACCCGUUUUUUGUAUAUGUGGUCGCGCGAUGCCUUACUUCUGUUGAUGUCUAACCCACGACAACGUCUGAGAUGUCAUACUAACCAGAUUGAUAUGACACCUACUUCACUUGACGUGAACCUGAGGUUUACUGGCUGUAUGCUAACGUCCCAACAGUACAUGCGUUAUUCAGCCAUCGCUUGCAUGACUGCCCCCCCCCCUCUCCUCCCAGGUUUGGGUGUCCUAUGUUCCACGGGACACCUGCGAACGACGGCUGGCUGAACGACAGAAAAUCGCCCUCGAGGAGGCCAAGAGUCGCCUGACCUCACAGUCGGCUGGUGUGAAGUCGGCGGUGGGUGACGGUCGAGUCGAUUGGUGGACUGCCUGCCAGCGCGACUCCAACACCGGCCCAAUCGCCCAAUCCAAUGUUGUCUUUUGCUCUGAAUGGGAGGUGCCUUUUACGAGAAGCCAGGUGGAGCGAGCCUGGCAGGACUUACUGGUCCGAAUUGAUGGGCCCUCCGGCUAA